UUAGAGUUAUUUCGCUUUGAUGGAAUGUGAAACAAGAUAACCUACAUGUGGUGAUAUUAUGUCCACAUAUAGCGUUAUCAAAGGAACCCAUAAGCUGACCCGAGGUUUGUGUGUGUUCAUAACGAGACCGUUUUCAUCCAUGAGUAACCGGAGGCCGAAAGUUUACGUUACUCGCCGGGUUCCGCCGGAUGGACUAGAGAUUCUGCGGCCGCAUUGUGAGAUAACUCAGUGGGACAGCGAGAAGCCUGUUCCCAGGGCUGAACUCAUUCGACAGAUAGCUGGCAAGGAUGCACUGUUCUGUCUGUUGACAGAUAAGAUCGACGGUGAAGUUCUAAAUGCAGCAGGUCCUCAGCUGAAAUGUAUUGGAACGAUGUCUGUUGGAUACGAUCACAUCGAUAUGACAGAGUGUCGGGAGCGAAACAUCCCGGUAGGAUUUACCCCGGACGUUCUUACUAAUGCCACCGCCGAGCUGACCGUGGGUCUGCUGCUGGCCACAUCUAGGAGACUCAUUGAGGCCUCCCAAUCUGUUCGUGACGGGGGUUGGGGUACCUGGGACCCAUGCUGGAUGCUGGGUCACGGGUUGGACGGGUCAACUGUAGGUAUCGUGGGUCUAGGACGGAUCGGCAUGGCGGUAGCCAGGAGACUGGCGCCCUUCGGUGUUAAAAGAUUUCUUUACAGCGGACAUAGUCCCAAGAACGAAGCCCAUGAAAUCGGAGCAGAGUUCAUGGAUUUUGACGCUUUGCUGAGUAAAUCCGAUUUCGUCUUGGGUUGCUGCGCUUUAACGAAAGAAAACCUAGGACUAUUUGAUAAAGACGCGUUUACGAAAAUGAAAUCCAAUGCCAUUUUUGUGAACACUAGUCGAGGGGGACUCGUGAAUCAGACAGAUCUGUACCAAGCUUUGGUCAACCACCAAAUAGCGGCGGCGGGUUUGGACGUGACGUCACCGGAACCGCUGCCGACGGACAGUCCCUUGUUAACCCUUAAAAACUGCGUGAUUCUGCCCCACAUUGGGAGCGCCACUGAGAUGGCACGAGGCGCGAUGUCCGCUUUAACAGGAAGAAAUAUCUUGUCUUUUUUGAGGGGAGAAGAAAUGCCUUGUCGAAUUAAAUAACUGAUAUUAGUCGAAGCAGGACAUCAAAAACUCAUAAACAUAAAACAUAAAAUCAUGAACAUAUCCUUGGGAAUAAAACUCUGGAUCGAUUUGUUGUCUAAUGGAUGAAAAGAAGACUGGAUACUCAACAAAUUACCCAUCAGAUAUGCUUUAAAAUAUUAUUUAUGAUAGUUUUUGCCAUAAAUAUUUAUGAUGAUCAGUAAAAGAAAACUUCCAAAUAUUUAAAAUUUAGAAUUUGAACAUCUUUCUACUGCGUUAUACAAAGUUUUUUCAUCUAAAGUAAAGGAGAAUAAUUAUA